UGAAAUGAACACACAAUAAAGCAUCUGUAUCAGCCUGAGGGAGGCUUGUCCCUUUUGCACAGUUGCAAAAAUGUAUGGGCAAAGUCAGACCUACUUUGGCUGUUUGCUGAAGUUCCCGUCCGAAAGGACAAACUUGAUUGAUCAAGAAGAUGCAUAUCCGAGCACUUACAGUCUUGCUACUCCUAGCCUCUCUGGGCAUUCAGUGUCCAUUUGUGGUUGGUGAUUCUGACAGCUCAGACUCAAGCGGCUCUGUUUCUGACAGCUCUGAUUCGAGCAGCUCUGAUUCUGAUUCCUCUGACAAGCUUAGCAGCUCUGAUUCUGCCAAAGAUGCUACUGAAAUCAUCGAAGAGCUAAGCACCCAUGCUGCCGCAGAAGAUCUUACCGACCCGGAGACUGUUAAAAGGAUUGCUGAUCUUGAACAUAUAGUAUCUGAAGAACUCAGUGGUGCUGAAGAAGAACCUGGGCUGGAAGCAGGAGUCGAAGUCCAUCUGGAGGUUUCUCUUCCCCUGGCAGAAGUCUUCUUGAAGGCAGCCAAGCUUUCCAUUUUGGCAUACAACCCCGACUUGACCGAUGCUGCAGUAGCAUCCAAGGCGGCAGAUGAGUUGGGACUAGAAUACAUCAAAGCCUUCAGGGCGAUCCCUGACCAAUCCUUUGUAGCUUUGGACAAUGGUACAAAAGAAUGUUUGGGAGUGUUUCGCGGCACAAAUGAAGGCGUAGAGGACUGGCUGCAGAACUUUGAUCUGGAUGAAGCCAUGGUGGAAGGAUGCACAGCUCGUAAUGGCUAUUUGAGUGCUAUCCACAACAGCUACUUCCCAGAAUUUGAUGGAGCCCUCAAGGAUUGCUUGAAAAAGGACUGUACUGAUUGUACCCUCACCUUGACAGGGCAUAGCCAAGGUGGAGCAGCGGCCGUUGUUGCUUCUCUUCUUUAUGCAGACUACAAUCCAGAAGUCAUCACUUUUGGAGCCCCAAAGGCUGUGUACCGCCCUUGUGAUAAAAUAGUUGAUGAGAAUCACUACAGGCUGGCAAACAUGAUUCCGACGCCCUUGGGUGUGGUUUAUGACAUGGUUGCUAUGGUUCCUGGUUAUGGUGCAGAACAUUUUGGGCAUUCCAUUCUCCUUGGAGGUGGCAAAAUGGCAGCUUAUCUUGGCAAAGAUGAGGGGCACACCCGCUUUCACUGGGGGGUUUCGCCCCAUGGCAUGAAGUACUACAUUGACAAUGUGGAGAAGCUGACCUCAACUAUCUUUUUCAGUGGAACAAUUGGUCUGAAAGGCUAUGAAGAAGGAGCUCGCUGCAGAUACAAUGAUGAGUGUGAGUCGGGUCGCUGUGACAUUGGAUCUUGGAAAUAUAUUUGCAAGCCAAAGCUGGGUGAGGGAGAGCUGUGUAAUGAGGACAGUGAUUGCAAAUCAGGAGGCUGCAGUUGGACGUUUACUUGCACAGGAGUUUAGAAAAGAAUUAUCCCCUACAUGGCUGUGUAUGUAAAAGUGAAUACGGCUGUACAGAUACCUAGCUGCUGGGUAGAUACCAGUUCGGAAGCGCUCUCUCUUUUCAUUUUGCAUUUUUAUUACUACUAGUAGAACUUCUCUAGCUUCCAUUUGAUUUCUUC